UCUGUCUCCCCCACUCUCUAUGCUGGUGUGGUGAGCAGCAGGACGCUCUCCACUAAGCUGCAUGGAGGCACAGGGAGGGGCAGGGAGCCCAGAGCCCAAUAAAGACAUCCAGAAGCUGCUGAAACCCUCCAGCUCAGGAGACCUAAACAAGGAGCUGUUCCAGCACCCAGCAGGGGACGAGGAGAGCUGCCUGUCAGGACACACUGCGAGCCUGCUGCACAUCACUGAGAGGAGACAACCACUGAGCAGUGUAUCUUCUUUAGAGGUGCACUUUGACCUCUUGGACCUGACUGAGCUGACUGACAUGUCCGACCAGGAAUUGGCCGAGGUGUUUGUUGACUCUGAGGAGGAAAACCACAACGAGUUUCCAGCAGGUUCCCAGCAGCCUGUGCUGCCCAAAUGUGGGUACAUGCGCUCGCCCUCAUGGACACGCUGCAGCAAAGUGGAGUCCCCGCGCGAGAGAAAACACCACAGCGACUCAGACACGGCAGAGCCCCUAAUGAAGCUGGAGAGGCCCAAGCAGCCGUGACGUCUGGUGUGAAUGUGAAUCUGCCAGACAGCAGAGAGAGGAAAGCCGGAGCCAGACAGACCGAGUCAGACUCACAUGCUGUAAUGUCUCAUGGUGCUGAACAGAAGAGUUCAGAUCAAACUCUGGACACUGUGCUCUGUACUAAAGAUGUGCAAUACACUC